CGGUAUGUCUUAGAGACAUAUUUCGGGCGACUUCUCUAUCUUACCAUUCUCUUGUAUUUGCCGUUUAAGCAUUCCGACAACCUCAUUUCGAACGGUGCGCAACGCUUAGGAGGCAAUGUCUCCCAAACACCGCGCACUUAUCAUUGCCAGCCCUUAUGGCGGGCUCCGUGGACCGGAGAACGACGCCGAUUUAAUGGCAGGCGUUCUCACAAAGUACAAAUUUGAGGUAACCAAAUGUUCUGGUUACAAUGCUACCCGAGACCAAAUUCUCAGCGCAUGGCGACAACUUAUCUCUGAGAGCUCCGCAGAGGAUGUUGUUGUGAUUUACUACUCAGGACAUGGCGGCUUAGUUAAGUCGAGUCAAAACACAUCUGAUCAGAAAGGAGGAUCCAAAAUGCCGCUCCACUCCCAGUUCCUAGUCCCGAUGGAUUUCGACCAGACCACAGAAGAAGAUUUCCGGGGAAUACUGGACAUCGAGAUAUCGCACAUGCUGCGGGAUACGACAAACAAGACGGAAAAUGUCACUAUUAUCCUGGACUGCUGUCAUGCAGGGCGUAUGGCCCGCGACCCCUAUCACAAUAAUCAGGCCUGGCCGCGGAAUCUACCAGAAGUGAAACAUCACGGCGUGCUACUCAGCCAUGUGGAGCGGCUUCGGAGGGAAGGGCGUUUGACGGGAGACACCUUUAUAGAAGGUAACCCACACGCAGUACGGAUAGCAGCAGCAGCAACCUCCGAAACUGCCUGGGGCUAUCAGGGCUUGCAGGACCAGCCUAUUGGAGUGCUGACAGAAGCACUUGCCACUGCAAUGGACAAAGUGAUUGGGCAACGGCUGUCGUGGAGAACCCUUCUGCUCGGGGUAUGCGAGUUUGUCAAUAGACAAUUUCCUCAACAGCACCCUCGAGCCGAAGGACCUGAAACGCGCAUACUCUUUUCAAAGGAUCACAUAGCCUCUGGAGCCUUGCUCGUAAAACUGGAGGAUGGCAAUGUGAUCUUACAGGGGGGAAGAGUCGCUGGUGUCCAUGAAGGAAAUGUCUAUGACAUCGUGCCUUUGGGGUUCGAGCGGGCAGACAAGGAAACACAGGUUGCAGAAGCAAAAGUCAAGGACGUCAACGGUUUUAAGGCAAUCGCUGAGAGAGUUUCUGGAAGAAUCCCUCCUGAUGGAGCCCUCGCUUUCUUGCAAAAAGAGGCUCUGCCCAAGUUUUUCGUAUCCUUUCCCGACGAUCUCCCCGCUUUCGGAGUUCGACUUGGCCAAUCUAAGUUUCUCAGAUGCGGUGAGCCCGGCGAGAAGCAGGCUCUAAUGGAUAUCAAGAGAGAAGGCGGGCGCAUGGUGGUGUGCAAGGGAGAAAUUGUACUAGCCUCGUACGAGUUCACCGAUGUCACAAUGCAGGCGGCGAUUGAAGCUGUGGUCAGCCAUGGAGAAAGGCUCGCUCGAGGACACCAUCUUCUCACCUUUGGGAGUGGGGAAGAAGACGAAGAGCUUAACCAUUCGGUGGAAAUCGAAUUCGGUCGAGUUGACGAUGGCACACGCAUGGAAACAUAUGCGCAUGAUGGGACAGCUAGUGUAACAGAAAACCAAAAAAUCUACAUAAAGCUUCACAACAGCGGGAACAGCACUCUGUUUGUGUCUGUAUUCGAUGUGAAUAUCGCUGGCAUGAUCACUCUGGUCUCGAGUUCAUGGCCAAGGGGAAUCGAACUGGUAUCCGGCGGAGAUUAUAUUCUUGGGAAAGCACAGUAUGGUAACGGCAUUAAAGGUCUGGAAAUCUCUUGGCCGGCGACAGUUCCAAAGAUAGAGCGUGUGGAGGAGACACUAGUAUUUAUACUUUCCAGCGAGGAAGUCAGCCUCCAACAUCUGGCGGAUCCGAAACGAUCUAUGGAGGCUAAAGGUAGGAUAUCCCAUUUGGAAAGGAUCACUUACCACUUGGCGUCAGGUCAGGCACGAGACCUUCAGCCUGAAUCUCGAGGCCUUUCCAUUCGUUAUGCUGUCCAUCAUAUACCCUUCUCGCUCCACACUCGGCAGCCACUACAAUCGUAACUAGCAGUAGAAUGCAGUACUUGCAUAUUUCUGGCUAUUUUCUCUUGUUUUACAACUAUUUUGCUUAACUUUCUAAUGUAACAUAGCCUCGAUGUGCCAUUUUCGUUUAUUUACCUUCCGUCACAUCUAUUGACUAGGUAGUCACUCACUCAGCUCGAAUUACCUCUCUCAAU